GUGGCAGAGGGACAGAACAUCUUGCAGUUGAGUAUAACAGCCUUGAGUUUGCCGUGGGUUUAUACAGAGUUCACCGUUUGAUGACACAUUUUAUUCAAUGUGAGCUAUUCGAAAGCAUCUUCUUCUUAACGCGCUCUGCGAGAGAGGCGUAUUUUGAGAAGGAGGGAGGUUGCGCAAUUGAACGCAGCGUCGUAAACUAUUAUCAGUCAAAGGUUUGUGGAUUUUACAGAGAGGUGAACAUUAGUUUAUUUAUUUUGGACAAGCGCAUAAAGGUGAAGGAUGACGCCAUACGUUUAUUGUAACGGAUAAUAAUAACGGACAUUUGGACUUGAUGGCCAAAGAGCCUUGACAACUGUUGAUGGUUACUGUUGUGUUUGUUCUUCGAUUAAUUUUCACAAUGACAGGUGACCAGCUGUUGAAUCUCCGAGGAAAACUCUCCUCCUUUUCUCUCUGGCUGUCUCUGCUCUCCAUCCCCGCAGCCUCCAACUCUAUUUCACCAGAGUUUCUAUCCUGAACCUGUUUGUUAUUUUCCACGAUAAACCUUAUGAUGGAUAAUGAGGAGUGUGUAAUUUUUUACAUAAUAAAACGAUGCGGCGCGUUCCCAGCACCUGUUGAACAGUGACUAGCCUACAUUAUGGCCUGCCGGAGCGGCUGCUGUUGUGGCUUCGGUCCCUUCAACGAAGAUAACGCCAGGUUCCUAAUGUUAGCGGUGUUUAUAAUCCUCUACCUCCUCUGCGGUGCCGCUGUCUUUUCAGCACUGGAACAGCCGAUGGAAGCAGAGGCGAAGGACCGAUGGGCGCAGCGUUUUGAACAGUUCAGCCAAAAUAAUAACUUGAACAAGAAAGAGCUGGACAACUUCUUGAGGAACUACGAGGAGGCGAACGUGGCCGGGAUUCGCGUGGACACUAUCAGACCUAGGUGGGACUUCACCGGUGCGUUCUACUUCGUGGGGACUGUGGUCUCGACCAUAGGGUUUGGAAUGACCACGCCAGCGACCAUCAGCGGUAAGAUCUUCCUCAUCUUCUACGGCCUGAUCGGCUGCGCCUCCACCAUCUUGUUCUUCAACCUCUUCCUAGAGCGCGUCAUCACCGUCAUCGCCUUCGUCCUUAAGUCCUGCCACGAGCGUCGCCACCUUCGCAAGGCCGUGCUUCCUCAAAAUGGCCGCCGACGCCUCUCUGAGGGCAGCGGUGGAGGUGGCAGGGGCGGAAGAGGCGGUAGGGGGGAGGGGCUGGCCGGGUGGAAGCCCUCGGUGUACUGUGUGAUGUUGAUCCUGGGCGCCGCCGCCAUCUUGGUUUCCUGCUGUGCCUCGGCCAUGUACUCUGCUGUAGAAGGCUGGGGCUACCUGGACUCUCUGUACUACUGCUUCGUAGCGUUCAGCACCAUUGGGUUUGGGGACAUGGUGAGCAGCCAGAAGUUUGCGUACGACGAGGGGAAUGAGAACCAGACGGCGUACCGGGUGGGUAACUUCCUGUUUAUUCUGACAGGAGUUUGCUGUAUCUACUCCCUGUUCAACGUCAUCUCCAUCGUCAUCAAACAGGUGCUGAACUGGUUGCUGAGGAGGCUGGAGGUGCCAUGUCGCUGCCCAGGGAGGGGGGGCCACCACCCGCACCCCAGACACCCCCGCAGGAACGUGGUAGUGCCCGGACACAUGAGGGCCAGGCGGGACCUGUCCAUCGAGACGGACGCAGUGAAUGAGAGCGAGGCGGACGGACGGAGGAUGUCUGGAGAGAUGAUCUCCAUGAAAGACUUCCUGGCUGCCAAUAAGGUGAACCUGGCCAUCAUGCAGAAGCAGCUGUCAGAGAUGGCUAACGGUCACCCUCGCCAGUCAGGCUCCAGCUCCCGCCACAACGGCUUCUCCGGAGGGGUGGGCGCCCUGGGCAUCAUGAACAACCGCCUGGCAGAGACCAGCGUGGACAGAUAGGCCU